CAUCACAAUCCCGUACUCCCGUGCAGCAGCGCCUCGCUUCUCCUCGUCCUUUUGGCCUCCCCUCCAAUACUCUCCACAGAAUUUCGCCCCCCCCCCUCGUCGUCUCCUAGGGCGCAAUGGCGACGGCGGAGGUGGUGGUGGCCAACGCCUCGGGCGGCGGCGACACCAAGGCCGCGUUCGCGGAGAUAUACAGCAAGCUCAAGGAGGAGAUGCUCGAGGACCCCGCCUUCGAGUUCACCGACGAGUCGCUCCAGUGGAUCGACCGCAUGGUGGAUUAUAAUGUGCUCGGAGGAAAGUGCAACCGUGGGCUCUCUGUCAUCGAUAGCUACAAGAUAUUGAAGGGUGUGGAUGUUCUGAGCAAGGAGGAGAUAUUUCAUGCCUGCACCCUUGGUUGGUGUAUUGAAUGGCUUCAAGCAUAUUUUCUUGUGCUUGAUGAUAUUAUGGACAACUCCCAGACACGACGUGGCCAGCCUUGCUGGUUUAGGGUGCCUCAGGUUGGCCUCAUUGCUGUAAACGAUGGGAUUAUCCUUCGCAACCAUAUUUCACGGAUCCUUCAACGCCACUUCAAAGGAAAACCAUAUUAUGUUGAUCUCAUUGAUCUGUUCAAUGAGGUUGAGUUCAAGACAGCUUCAGGGCAGUUAUUGGAUCUUAUCACUACUCACGAGGGUGAAAAGGAUCUGAGUAAAUACAACUUAACAAUUCACCGCCGCAUUGUUCAAUACAAGACAGCCUACUAUUCAUUUUAUCUUCCUGUUGCAUGUGCAUUGCUGCUGUCUGGUGAGAACUUGGAUAACUUUGGUGAUGUAAAGAACAUUCUUGUUGAAAUGGGAACAUACUUUCAAGUCCAGGAUGAUUAUCUUGAUUGUUUCGGUGAUCCUGAAUUCAUUGGCAAGAUCGGAACUGACAUUGAAGACUACAAGUGUUCCUGGUUAGUUGUGCAAGCUCUUGAACGUGCUGAUGAGAACCAAAACAGCAUUCUAUUUGAAAAUUAUGGGAAGUCCGACCCGGCGUCUGUUGCAAAGGUGAAGGACUUGUACAAAGAGCUUGACCUGGAGGCGGUGUUUCAUGAGUACGAGAGGGAGAGCUACAACAAUCUGAUCGCCGACAUCGAGGCCCAGCCGAACAAGGCGGUUCAGACUGUUCUGAAGUCCUUCCUGCACAAGAUCUACAAGAGGGAGAAGUAGAGCUGGCUCGUGGAGAAGCUGCUCCAUCGAUGCCUGCAUCAACCACUAGACGUGAUGCGGACGAGUAACUCGUUGUAUGUUGUGCGUUUCAUGUUCCCCUUGUACUGUACACCCGACUAUAAUAAAGCACAGGCUAUUUAGAGGUGUGUAA